UCCAGUGCUCCCAUGUCGAGCACAGCGACCAGCGCGACUUCUGGUGGUGCCUACGGCAAGACCAUUCCUCCGUCCAAAAAUGCAUCGUCACUAGCACGUCCAAGAGACGAAGCCAACUUGCUGGACGAAGCCGACAUGUGGGCCACUGUGUGUGACAUUCUCCACACAUCCCCAGUUGAGCCACAGCGCCGGGACGACUUGGACGUCUACACCUGUCACAGUGUCAGCAGCUACCAGGACCCAUGCCUGCCCAAACCCAAGCGCAUUCGAGUUUACACAAACAAGGCCGAAGUCCAGCAGCUGGAGGCGGAAAUCAGCGACUUGCAGGCCCAACUCAUGGCAGCCAAGCAAACGGCGAUGUCGUCGUGUAGCAACAAGGUGCCGUCAAUGUGGGCGCGGGCAGCCGCUCGACAACGCCUAGACAAGAACAAGUGCUUGGACGAAAAUCAGCAGCUCCAAGCCGCCGUGGCCGAACGCAGCAAGCACAUACAACGCCUCCAAAAGCUCAUACUUAAGACUCCUCGUUGGACGUCGCUACCAGAAGUGACCGACGAGAGCGCAUGCCUCGGGCGGCAGCUCCCGGCGGACCCCGCGCUUCGCCUCGCUGCCAUCCACCGCCUCGCGGACCGCCACUUGCAGCGAUUUCACACGGCGUUCAUUCAGGCUGGGGCACUGGACUUGACGCACGACAUGUGCCGUGGCGACUCGAUUGCGUUGGCACAAGAUCAGAUUGGGUUCCAAUCUAUUAACCACAUCAACCUGCCGGCGCCGUAUCGCAGCAUCGCCGACGCGUGUUGGAGGGUCUUGUCUGGCAGAUUGUCGACAGAGGAGGAGAUACACACUCGUCCACGCGGUGACGUCCAGGUGUGGGAGCAUGUGGACGAGCACACCGUGUACGAACGCUACCGCUCUCGGCACCACACUGGGCGUCAUUCAUUCUUUCAUGGCAAUGAGAUACGAAAAUACCAUGUAACCACCGAACAUAUUGUCAUUGCAUGGGUGUCUGUUGUGGACGACGCGCUCGUGACGCUGCACCCGUCCGAUUCCAUCGACGAAGUGUGGGGCUGGUGGUCAUUUGUAGCCGACCCUGACGAUCCCCAGAAAUGUCGCACGACCAUCGUCGGGCACUCCAAUAUCUCCAGAGCCCUCGAGCACCAAGACGUGAAGGCCGACCCGUCCGACGUCAUCGCAGCCCUCAAGCAACUCGUGCUGACCAAUUCCAACGAAGUGACCAGUCCACGGGACGACCCGCCGUCGUUGUUCUUGGUGCCGUUUCUCGAACGAAAGCGGCGGAUGCGACCACAACUCCGACGUGUCAUCGAACAAGUCAUUCUCCAACACAACGCCGCUGCUUCGGUGUCACAGACAUAGCAUAUAUGGCCAAUGUGUGACACUGUAUGUCCAUGUCGAUGCCACAACGACGUCACAUGUCUUUGCUUGGAGAAAACCAUUUCUCCAAGGUUGUGUGAGUUCUGUUGUAAGAUGAAAUGGGCAAGAUUCAGUAGUACAGUUCAAGUUUUAUUGUUGUGUUUAUAUUCUAAACUGGAGCGACAUGGAGACGACCAAAUGGAC